AUGGCUCGCCGUGGGAAAGGCAGAGAUGAUGAGUCAGAGAAGUCUCGAGAACGUGGAAGGUUCAUGGGGGAGCCUGUCGUUGCACCCGAAGCAGAACAAACUGUCAACAAGGAACCGAAAAGAUCCCGCGGUCCAGGUGCGAAGGCCGCCCCCGCCAAGCCCAAGAAGAAGGGCACUAAGCCGAAGGCAGACGAAGACUCCCGAACUGGCAACCGCCGGAUCAACACUGACACCUACAAGAGUCAGAGGGCCGUGAAAGAUUUUGUGGAUUGCCAUUUCGUGGAUUGGAUUGUGGCAUGCGAUCCAACAUAUCUACCCAGGGAUGUGUUCCAGUACGAGAAGCGCAGCCGGGAAGAGAAGCAAGAGGUCUUGGAUGGGGCAACCAACCAGUACAACCGUCGCAACAAGCCGGCAGAAUCGACGGGCUGGUCUUCUGCCGAGAUCCACAAGUACAUGCAGUGGCAGCUUGACCUUUAUUCCAAGGGAAAGCUGAAGAAGAGUCAGGUGGGAGGAUACGCUUGGAAGCUCCCCAAGCGAGACCCCAACGGUCAGCCACCUCCGCUUCCAGAAGAAGUUCUGGAAUUUCACAAGAAGAAAAAGAAUGCCAAAAAGGAGGACGAGACAGAGGAGGAGGACGAGGGCGACGACGAGGAAUAUUCCGUGGAGGUGUCCAAAAGCGGCAAGAUUUCCCUUGUGGAGAACGAGAGCGGGAGAAAGGUGGCUUUGCCAGCUUUGACAAAGAAGGGGAAGGACUACUUCGUCUACUACUCAGACAAGGACGACCAGUGGGUGUUGGGCGGUGGCAAUCCGGAUGACUGUGACAAGCCUGACAAGACCGACGUGGCGAAGCGGAAGCCGGGUGACAAGGCGAAGGGUGACUCUGGACCGUCUGGAGACCGAGAUCAUGGAAUUGCCAGCAAGCCACGAGUCAUGAAGGGGAUGGCGGCUAAAGGCCCUCUUCAACCUGGAGCACGCACCAGCAGCCACGCAGGUUCGGCUAUGACAGGGUCAACCAGAGCACCAUCAACCAGAGCAGCAUCAGCGUCAGCAGCAAAAGACCCAGCUUCUGAGUCUGACAAAGAGGAGAGCAUCCCGGCCUCAGACGUUGAGUCACUUUUUGAGUACAAGGAAAGUGAGAAGGAUGAGGCUGAGGAGUUUUUGAAGCCUGCAGUAAAGGACGGAGAAGACAAGAUGGCUUUGCUCACCUCGCCCAAGGACGGAUUGGAGCUCUUACUGCCUCCAGGAAAGGAGUGGAAGCUGUCGAAUGUGACCACGGCUGGUGGGAAUGAAGAAACCAUGCUCGUUUGCACUUCCGACCAAUCAGUCAAGAAGCGCUAUGUUUACCAAGCCAUGAAGAGCAGCCAGGCCAAACCCAUUGGCACGGCAUUGAAGGGGCUGGAGUCAGCAAAAGAACCGGACAGCUACGUUCCGUCAGGGCGCAAGACCAUCAAGCAACCUCCCACUCCAGAGAGAUCUACUCGCCCAGUCCCGAAGCCGCUGCCAGAGGCAAAAGACGCAGCAAAGGAGGAGGAGCCGCUUGAAAGGGAAUUGGAAGCAAUCGAGAAAGCCAGCAACGUCAAGGGUGACCCAGACAAGAAGAAAGCCAAGACCAGUGAUGCAGAUCCUGGGGACAAUGACAAGUCCGAGUCGAAGGUUAAGAGCGGUGAUUCCGGGGACAAGGCCAAGGAGAAGACCCUGAAGAGUGACACGGACACGGAAAAGGUGAAGGGGAAAAGCGGCGAUGGAGACUCUGGGGACAAGAAGAAGGAGAAGAGUGGCGAUGGCGGGGACAAGACGAAGGGGAAGAGCUCAGGCUCAGGUGCAAACAAGGACAAGGCCAAGGACGGCGACAGCAUGGAUGUGUCCUGA